AGAGGAUUACAGGAGCAACAAUGUUUAUUAUUGUUUAUUGACGAAGUGUGUGAAUAAAUUUUUUUUUUAUUGUAAAAAAAAAUUAGUGAAAAAAAAAUAGUUUUUUUGGUUAAUUUUGUUGUUUAGCCGGAACUACCGGUUAAUGGGAAGACAACCAUCAUUCCAACAACUCGAUUUCUUUUGGAGUAUAUAUUUGUUGUUCUCGUGCACAGUGAAUCCGCGUGCGGGCGUCGCACACGAAACCCUUCCUGCAUGAUCCAGCUGGGAAUUUAGAAGGGGAAAACAAAAAAUGUCGAGCAGAACAAGUUCGAAAGAUGUUCCGCUGAUGGUUGUUGUAUCUUCUUCGACAGAAGAAACGGAAAUUAUUUAUUAGGAAAUUUAUCAGGAAAAGAAGAAGAAAAAUUAAGAAAUUAAGAAGAUUUUUUUUUUGAAGAGUGGAACGAGGGAAGAUAAAAAAAAUGUUGGGUGUUAGUCAGCCUGGUAAUCCGCCAUCGAGCCUCAGGCAUUCGGCGAGUUUUUCCUGUUUACAGAGAGGUUCGAGCGAAAGUCAUCAUCAUCAUCAUCGUAAUCGAACAUCAACAUUGCCACAGCAGCCUUUACAGUUAAGUACACAUCAGUACGGUGGUCUCAGUUCACUUCCACAUCAUCAGACGCAAAUUAAUAAUUAUUCCAACGACUCACGUAAUAGAGAUGUGACUCUCGAUCAUCCUUACAUUGAUUCCAAUGAUUAUGGCUUCGUGAGAAUUAGACCUAGAUUGCAUAGUACAAAUGCAAUUCUCCUACACGAAGACGAUCAUCGACAAGUCUCACCAACCGAUUUGGACAAAAAUCUCGACUAUUAUCCAAAGGAUGAAAAAAAUCGGGAGAAAAAUCAUCAAAAUCCGCUAAAAGGUGCUUUGGUUCUGUUCACAGCCUCCACGUCGUCCUGGUGGAAGACAAAACAACGUGAUGAACAACAACAACAACAACAACCCAGUAUCACCUCCUCGUCAUCAGAGAGAAAAUGGUCAAAUAAUAAGGAACGUAAAUGGUCAAUGAAUUCACCAGACGCAAAAUGGAACAAUGGCUCUUGCUCGGGUCAAGAUCGUAAAUGGCGAUCACUUGGCGCACUUUUACGAACACCAGUUGCCAAUAAUGAUUCCCAAUCGCGAUCCUUCUUCUAUCACAAUGCCAGUGCGUCAAUGAUUGAGAAUGGCGAAAAUUCGGAAAAUUCACGAAAUAAUAAUAAUAAUAACAACCAAACUUGUUAUUCGGCGAGAGUUGUUUCAAAAACGACGCAAUAUCGUGAAAAGGAAUUUUCCCUAUCGAAUCGAAGACUGAAAGUUGGUCGACGAUUAUUUCAGGAGGAGAAACGUGAAAACACUGCCGCCACUGAUGAAGACUGGAUGAUGCCAACGACGCGUAAUCAAGAAUCUUCGGAGAAUGUGAUGACAAAAAAUUCCGAGGAGAAUCGAACGACAAGAUCAAAUAGAGCGCAAAGUUUUUAUCUUUUAGAUGAUUUUUUAAGACCACAACCAGCGCAAGCGGCAUUUAUGAAAUGUCAAUCGUCAUCUUCGGGAACGUCGUAUUCGCGUUCGGGAAAUAAUGAUCAGAGAUCAAGUGAUAAUAGUAGGCAAAUAGUGACGACGACAACGACGACAACGACGACGGGUCAUAAUUCGAGUCAGAGGAAUGUGACGAAUAUAACACCGCCGAGGAGGCAUAAUUCGAGUUCGGAUAGUCUUGAGGUCGCCACUAGUCCUCUACCGCCGCCAGUGCCGCCACCACCGCCGCCGCAACUCACCAGCAGUCGCGAUAGGGAACGUGAUAAGGAGAAACAUGAGAGUUUGAGGGAAAAGGAUGUUUGUCAUUGCAGAAGAUGUUGGGCUAUUCUUCAGCAGAAAUGGUAUCAUGAGGAGAGUCCCGCGACGCUGCACAAAAAUGUCGGCGGUGGAGGGACGAAAGUUAGUGGCAAAGCAGUCGAUGGUGUCGGAUCAGCGACACUCAGCUCACUGUCGUCCAUUAACAAUUCCACUAACACAAGCCGGAAUAAGAAUAACCCAGUGUCCCACGAGAAGUUGCCGUCUCCCAGUGAGAGAGAGUUUUGGAACGUUAAAACGACACGAUUGGAUCGAACGGACAACAAUAAUGCCAACAACUCUAAUGCCAAUACCAUUCACAAUCUUCCACUUCACGAUUCACUCAAUUCUAGCUCUAACGUCGACGGUUAUUGUGGAAGAUUGCCAAUGACACCCGCGGAGGCCACGAAAUACUUCGGCUCAAAGCUCACGGAAUUUGAGCGAGCCGAAAUCGAAAAGUACUCGGAGAUCUGGUACUUAGGCCUAUCAGCAUGUAAAAUUCAUGGUGAGGAGGGUGCAUCGCAAAAUGGUGGCUACGAUGAUGACAAUGGCAGUUACAAUAAAGUUCUCCAUGACCACAUCUCGUACAGGUACGAGAUUCUAGAAGUGAUUGGAAAAGGCAGUUUUGGCCAAGUGAUUCGCGCCUUAGAUCACAAAACUGGACAGCAUAUUGCCAUUAAGAUUAUUAGAAACAAAAAGAGAUUCCAUCAUCAGGCUUUAAUUGAAGUGAGAAUUUUGGAUCAUUUGAGGAAGAAGGACGCAGAAUCAAAUUCGCAACACAACGUGAUUCAUAUGUUAGAAUAUUUUUACUUCCGUAAUCAUCUCUGCAUUAGUUUUGAAUUAAUGAGUUUAAACUUGUACGAGUUAAUUAAGAAGAACAAUUACCAAGGAUUCAGUUUGAGUUUGAUACGUAGAUUCGCUAAUUCAUUGAUCAAUUGUCUCAGGCUGUUGCAUCGGGAAAAUAUCAUUCAUUGCGAUUUAAAACCGGAAAACGUUCUUUUGAAACAACGUGGCAGUAGUUCAAUCAAAGUUAUUGAUUUUGGAUCGUCCUGCUAUAGUCAUCAACGAGUUUACACUUACAUUCAAUCGAGGUUCUACAGAAGUCCAGAAGUGAUUCUAGGUCUUCCUUAUGGAACACCAAUUGAUAUGUGGAGUUUGGGUUGUAUUUUAGCUGAACUUUACACGGGAUAUCCACUAUUUCCCGGAGAAAAUGAAGUUGAACAACUCGCAUGCAUCAUGGAAGUUUUGGGAAGACCGCCAGAGCAACUAAUUAAUCACGCAUCACGUCGUAGACUCUUCUUCGAUUCGAAAGGAAGUCCUCGUUGUUUGACAAACAGUAGAGGAAGAAAACGAAGACCCGGCGGCAAGAGUGUGGCGAUUGCUCUUCGUUGUCACGACACAUUGUUCGUUGACUUUGUCAGCAGAUGCCUCGAAUGGGACGCGAAGAAACGAAUGACACCGGACGAGGCGAUGAGACACGAAUGGUUGAAUUCAUCAUCAUCACAUUUGAGUUCAUCGAGCUCGACAAUGACGUCGUCAGUUGGCAGUACAGCCGUGAGCGCUGUUGUCGAUGCAUCGCAGCAAAGUCAUGCGCAAUCGGUGACAGUGCAAAAUGUACCACGACAACGUGCAACAACAAUGGAAGAUCCACAACAACUUUAUUCACUUUAUAGGCUUUAUCGUGGCAGGAAAUGUGUCUCGAAAAUCACAACCCUCGACAAUGCGGAUUCUGGCGGUGGUUUAGUGGUUAAAAGUAAACUUAAUGGUAGCGCCAGCAGUCAUGCUCUCGCCGUUGGCACACAACCAGCAACCUCUAGACACGCAUCAACUGGUGAUAUUGUCGCCAGCCUCGAUCCCAAUCUAGACGACUCCGGCACUUUUUUACCACCGAUCUUAUGAAGUCGGGUCUGCGCUAGCCACUUUUAAAAAAAAAUAUAAAUCCCGAUCUAAACUCGCUUUUAAUUUAAUUUUCUUUUUCAAUUUUGAAAGGUGCAUCCUCAUCUAAUCCCUACUUAGAUAGAAAUUGUCAUAUACAAAAAAUGACAAUAAAUUCAAAUUUUCGUUUUUUGAAAGCGAGUUUCAUCGUCAAUCAUUUUAAAGCCCCAAAGUGGUUAGCUAGAUGAAUUUUAUUAUUCUCAUGCUGUUAGGCCAAAAUCGACCUAAAGGAGACGCUAGACUGAUAUCGCGACUGGAAAAAUUUUAGACGAUCGCAUGAUAUUUAUAAUAGACAAAAAAAAAACGGUAUGAUCUGAUCUUGUUCCGUAAUUCGUAUAUAUGUAAAUGUUUAUUAUCAGAGCGCCACUCGACGAUUUUCACUUCAAAAAUCAAAAGAAAAAAGAAACGCCAUCUUUCUUCAGUGAAUUCAUAAAAUUCCAAUCAAUGAGAAGAGAGGGUGUUUAAAAAUACUGUGAAUAUCGUCAAAAAAAUUCAAACGAAAAAUGCUUUCCCUGUCAUCGUGUAUACGUGUUUAAAAAUGUUAAUCGUUAAUUUUUUUGGUAAAAAGUAAAAAAAAGCUACAAGCUGCCCUUUGACUGAGUGCGCGUUUAAUUUUUUUUUUGUUCGAUGUUCUUGUGAAUUUUCACUUGAAUAUCAAACGGAAACGGAAAGAAGAAUUCUCUGAUACGCGGGCAAGCCUCUGCCUCCCCUCCCUCUUAAUCGAGGGCUGAGUAGUCUUAUUGUGAUAUUAAACUACCACUGUCUUACUUAGAUCUCUGAUAAAUUAGGAUUACUAAUGAUAAUUUCGUUAAUUAUUACUAUUAAUUAUUUUCUUAUAUAUGCAUAUACAUAUAUAUAUUUCUUAUAUAUAUAUAUAUAUAUAUAUAUAUAUAUAUGUAUACAUAAAUAUAUGUAUAUGCUUAAAAUAAGGCUAUACUGCCUUUUUUUAAUUGAUACCGUUGAUCAAAUAGCCGAUAAACCACACGGCAUCUAUCGAUUGUACAGAGUUUUGUUUUUUUUUAAUUAGACAUCGAGAUUUUUAUCCCUUUUUUUCUGUCUCGUGUCAUUUUUUUAGCUUGUAAAAAUAUUACAUAGAUGAAUAUAUUAUUGAACUUUGUUAAUUUUAUUUUAAAAAAAAACUGCUCUGUUUCCCGUCUGUAAAUUUUUAUAGCAAUUUCUAUUUUUAAUGUGUGUUCCUCUGGUGAAAAUCUUUUUUUAAAUAUGGAAAAAAUACAGUUGAUAAAAAAAGAGGAACUUUUUUAUGAGCGUAUAACUUUAUCGAUUUCGGGAAGUGAAAUAGCACAGGUGGCAAGGUCCCGGAUUGUACAACUCAACGCAAUAGGGGUUCGAUUCUCCUUGGGGAUUUUUUUUCCAUAUUCUCAUUAUAUGAGAUUUUUAAUAUUUUCAAAUUAAAUUUGAAUUUCGUUGACAAUUUUAACUUUUAAUUAAUUGAAUAAUUACAAACCGUUUUUUUUAAAUGUAGAGGGUAUUUUAAAAUUUUUAAUUAUUAGGAAACUGAUAAUUUUUGAAAAAAAGCAUUCACGGGAAGAAUCGAACCCCUUGAUGGUAUAUUGAAUUUACAAGUGAACUUACCAACUGUGCAAUUUUUCAUUGAUGAAUUUCGAUAAUUUUACUUUGUGCUCGUAAAUUUUAGCAAAAAAAAAAAAAAUUAUAAAAGGACAAGAUUAAUUAUUACUAUAGGCUAGCGAUUUGGCGUAUUUAAAAAAAAGGAAAAAAAUAUCGAUUCAACCCUUUUUUUGUGUUUAAAUUGUAAACGACACAGUGGGAACAAAGAAUAAAAAAACAAACUGGAGCAAAAAUUCGUCAUCACGAAUUGUUCAAAUCUCAAUAAUAAUAAUAAUUAUAAUAAUUAUAAUAUUAAUUAAAAUAAUAAUAAUAACAACACUAAUAAUAAUAUUAUAAUAAUAAUUUCGGAACAAUUUCAAAAUAAAAGAAUCAAAAAUUUCGAUUGUUUUUGGUUUAAUUUUCGAAACCGUGAUUUCUUCAUCGAAAGGGAAGAAAAGACAGUGGACUAGUCGUUACUUGCGGAUGUAUUUUACGGCGGCUUAAUCGUUUUCGAAUUUUUAAAAAAAAUUAUUUUCCUCCCUCAUCCUGAGAAUAAAAAGAAACAGAACGAUUUUCGUGAUUUCGCUGUUAAUACAUCUCGUUUAUUUUACAAUUAUUAGUCGAAUUAUUUACUGCUCCUAAUCUCAGGAUAGAAGAUGAAAAAUAAAAAUAUCUAGACAGUGUGUGUGAGUAGUCUAAAUCACUUUCUAGAGAGAGCGAGAGAGAAAGAGAGAAAAGAAAAAGAUUUGCUCCAAACAUGACAAAGAGCUGACCAUAUAAAAACUUUAUUUGCAAUAAAAAUUUUCUUUUUAAGAAAAAAAAAUAAUUAUAAACGGUCCAGCUCCAGAUUUUACAAUUUAGCCAACUAGCCUAGUAGGACAAUCAAGUCUUUUUUAAGUCUUCAAGAUCUUCAGUUCUUAAAUGAAGAUCAUCGUCUGUUAAUUUUAAUUUUAAGAUCCAUUUGUUUUCUAUUUUUUUUUUUUUUGUUUUUCUAAUCAAAAAUCCUCGUUUAUAAUAAUCGAAAAAUUGUUUCGUCUAUACGUACAUUGAGAUUUUCGUUUUACAUUUAUUAUACAUAUUAUAUAUUCAUAUACACUUAUUGAUUAAUUUGAAAAAAACAAUCUUCAUCGAGAGAUUAAUUUGUACGCAAUUUUAUUUGCAAAAAAAAUGUAUGAAAUUUGCAUGUGACAAAAUAGAGGAAAAAAAACGAACCGAGUAUUCGAUGCACGAUCUAUAGUGAGAAAGAAUAUAAUAUUAAAAAUGAGACUCGUGAGAAUGAGUGAAUUUUUUUUUGUGAUUCGUAUAUAUAAAAUAAUGUUUAAAUACCUUUUCUCUCCCCUCCCCCCCACCUACGAACCUAAAAUGUUAUAAUGACGUCAAAACGAGGUCGUCAUUAAUUUCUGCCUGACUUUUUAGUGUAUUACUAUAUGCAAAUGAAGAAUUGAUAACAAUAAACAAUAAGGUAAUACGAAAAAAAGAAAAAAAAUAAAUAAAAAUAAACAUUAGUGUAAAGGUAAUCGACAUUAUAUUGCGAAAAGAAAUAAGCCCAACCGAAGCAUCAUCACCUUUUGUAUCAUUUGUUCGUUUGUUUUUAUCUUAAUGCGUUUGUCUUUCAUUCUUAAUGUAAUAACUAUACAGUACCAAGAUGACUGUCACUCCCAUGAUGAUUAUCUUGUAUGUACAUAAAAAAAACUAAUAAAGAUUAUACAUAAUACGAA